AUGUCAUCAACAACAAAGCUCAACAAAAACCCUCAAAAUAUACCACUUCAACGGGAGGAGAAGGUGGCGCUCACCCGCGUCGACGGCCACUACGACGCCAACGGCGUGCUCAGCACUACGUCACCGAGUGUCGUCGCCUGGCAACAGCUGCGUGGCGUCGCCGUGGCGCAACAGAGAGACGGGCGAAGGCGAGCUGGCGGCGUCGAGGAGGCGGGACUUCAUCUGGGGCGUCGAGAGUUCUCCUGGCGCGCCACUUGCCAGCCGGCCCGCCUCGCCCUGGCGCGCUUUUCGACGUCGCCAGCAAUUAACGCGCCUCCCGCCACCGGAGGAUUAAAACAGACGCUCUGCUCCCCCACAUCUGUAGACCCUGUGCUCUCUGAUUCAUUGUUCGUCAACUCCACUGCUUACGCAUCCUCCUUCCAUCCCACUCUUUCCCCGGGGGUGUGCAUUCGGAUGGUGCGCGCGGAGUCGGACACGAGCCUGGAGGUGGCGCUGCGGUUCGGGGGCGCGGCUGCGGCGGCGGCCGGCGUGGGCGCCAUGGCGAUCCCGCCGCAGCCGCUGCGGCCCGCGCCCUCGCCGCCGCCGCCGCCGCCCCCGCCUGCGCCCGCCACCGACCUGGAGGUGUGCGACGUGCCGGCCGGGCUGCGGCGCGCCGCCUCCUGCGAGUCGGUCUGCUCGGACACGUCCGUCGUGCUGGGAGACCUCCAGGAGGCGCCCGUCGCAGGGUACCUCUGCGUCGGCCUCGAGAGCGACAGCAGUGGCGAGCUGGUGGUGACCGUGCUGGAGGCCAAGGAGCUGGCCGACAGCCCAGACUCCUACGUGCGGCUCUCGCUCUCGCCCGACAGGAACUGCGUCGUGCAGACCAGGGUGUACCGGCGCAGCAGCUGCCCGAGCUACAAGGAGAAGUUCGUGUUCUCGCUGGACCCGGCGGAGCUGUCGCGGCGCACGUUGUCGCUGCAGGUGUUUGCCACGGACAAGGAGGUGACGACGCUGUUGGGCGAGGCCGAGCUGCGCCUCUCCGACAUCAGCAUGCGGCAGCCGGUCACCACGUGGCUCACGCUCACCGACACCGGCCAGCACGGCACAGAAUGGGGUGAGGUGAUGUUCUCGCUGAGCUACCUGCCCACUGCUGAGAGACUCACUGUCGUCAUAGUGAAGGCGAGAAACCUGAGGUUCUCCACCGACCCUGUACCUGGCGACCCAUUUGUAAAGGUUUAUUUAUUGCAACAUGGGAAGAAAGUUCAUAAGAAGAAAACAACAACUAAACGUGGUGAACGUUGUCCUAUCUUUAACGAAGCAAUGAUUUUCAGUGUACCAGCUCAUGCUCUACAGACAAUACAGCUUCGGGUAACUGUUGCAGAAAAUACAGGAGAGCCACGAGCCCGUGCUGUGGGGCAUGUGAUUGUGGGUGCCCAAGCUACAGGGAAGGCACUCUCACAUUGGAGUCAAAUGUUAUCCUCUUUACGCAAGCCCAUUGCAAUGUGGCAUGUUCUACGCAAAUGACAAUUCACAGUUUAAACAAUGUAAAAUUAUUUUCUAACCAUUAUGUGUAAGUGAUUCGAUGGUACUAAUCUGGUGCUAUGCCUGCAACUUGCUAUGAUUCAGUGUCCUUCAUAUAGAGAUGACAUAAUUCUGUCAUGACUGUCAUACCAAGUUUCUUAAAAUCCUAGAUCCUUUCAUAACUACUAUCAUAACUACCU